AUGCUUCUCCGCCGUCCUUGCCACCAACUCAGCGCUCGUUGUCAGAAAUCGAAAAGCUUCAUUGCCGCAAAAAGCGGUCCGGCAUUUGAUGAGCAGUUAUUCAAAAGCUUUGCCGCCGCGACUCAAGGAAUGGUUUCCUAUAAAUUAACCUGGCUCGAAGCUUCAUUAGCCGAAGUGCUUAUCCGCUCAGACAUGGACAUCGAUGAACCCUCCGAAACUCCCCUUGCUGGUCCCUCUGGAGCUACCGCUGAGUCCUUCCUCUCCGGGUCAAGUGCAUUUGACUCCCGGUUCGACGAGCGCGAGCCCGAAGACAUCGAAAUCGAUCGCUCCACAAGCCCCAUCCCUUAUCCAGAGCAUCCUAACCUCUCCGAAUUCCACUUCUCACGAAUCCUUGGACAGGGUUCCUUUGGAACCGUCUACCUCUCCCGGACUAAGUACAACCAGCACGCUUUUGCCAUGAAGGUCAUGGCCAAGCCGGAUUGUGCCGUUUCAAGCCGUGAAGCACCUCGCAAGAAUGAAGUUGAAAUAUUAGCCUCCCUCCACCACCCUUUCAUCAUAAUGAUUGAGUGUGCCUUCCAAAAUGACACGCACUUGUUCAUUGGACUUCAAAUUGCAACAAACGGGACCUUUACCAAUUAUUUGGAGGCUUAUGCUCCCAUGAACACUACCCAAGUUCAAUUUUAUUUAUGCCAAAUCAUCCUAGCCCUCGAUUACAUCCAUAAGAGUGACGUUGUACACGGAGAUUUAAAGCCAGACAAUAUCCUGAUAGCCGAUAGUGGGUACAUAAAAAUUUCUGACUUCGGCCUUGCUCGAACUAUCUCCAACCAGCAAGCUCCAAACGUGUGUUUUGGGACUACGUACUACAUGGCCCCGGAGAUGGUCAGAGGCACAUCGUUUGGCCCAUCUGUCGACUGGUGGGCGCUUGGAGUAAUCAUGUACCAGAGCUUGUUCGCAUGCUAUCCGUUUGAUGUCGAAAAGUACCCACCGAGGGACGCCAGAUUCCACCGAGAUGAUGAUAAAAAGGUCAUGCUACUCAUCAACGCUGGGCAAUAUGAGAUCCCCCGCGAAAUCGAGCCCCCUGCCCUGGCGUUUUUGAAAAGACUGUUGGCACCUUCCGCUAGUCGGAGGUCACUUGACUGGCCCACCAUCCGACGUGAGUACGAGUACUUCCGCGAGGUCGACUGGUAUGCCCUUCACGACAGGGAGUUCAUCCCUCCAUUCCGGCCCCCUCGCCGCCCACUGGAUCCACAUCACCACCAGUAUGAAAUUGACUACGCGUUCCAGUAUGACACUCGGGACCAGGUUGCACCCAGGAGGGACCCUUAUGGCGGCUUCUUCAAGGACUUUUAUUACCUCAGAACCCCUUUUGCAGUCAUCACACCCUCUCAAAACACUUUCUGCAUCCCGCCUGCCUGUGCGCCUGAGCCUGGCGCCUGA